AUGCACAGCUUACAGAAUUAUGGAACGACCCAAAGCACGUACGAUGGCAAUGCUUACAGCUACUCUAGCACAUACCACAAUGGCAAUCUCAAGGUGUAUGCGCACCAUCCCAUGCCACCCAAGGCGGAUGGAGGACCCUCGGAGUAUUAUAUGGCACAACUGCGUGGGAUUGACAUGACUCACAACGUCGAUUCUUUCAGAGACGCUGCCACUGCUUUCCGCAAUGCCCGUGAUUUGGGGAAAUUACACCGAGACGAUUUCAUUGAACGUGCCAAUCAAGUGGCUCGACGCCAACCUGCUGGUUGCGCCUCUACUACCUCGACCAGAGAGCGCUCGUCUUUGUCAGUGCUCCAGGAGGACCAGUCGGACACUUCGGCCGACGAGCUCGCGCUCUCGAGAUCGGCUCGCAAGCGCUCGAGACUGGCUCCCGCUGAAUCGUAA